AUAAAUUACAACAUUAUAAUAUUGAAUAUCAUGCUUUGGCUGGGAGAGUUACUGAUAUUUAUUUCGUCUCAAUACACAUGACAUUCACUCGUGAUCUGCUAUCUCUUUUCUCAGAUUGUCAGAGACAAUAUCAGGAGAAACACUCAUUUUCUCGCCUUGUGUUUCCUCUACCAUUACCAUAUCAUAUCUGCAAGAAUUUCUCUCAAGGUUUUGAAGGCUGCGAAUAUAUUUGUCUGAUACUGUUGUUGAAUUUACUGGUUAUGUCUAUUGUCUAUUAUCAGAAUUAGACCGCCAAUGUGACUAACUUCGCAAGAAUGGAAUGGAGUGCCACGUACGGAUUACAGACUACUGGCACGUUGGUUAAGAUACUAUGAAAUGGUUUAUCAACGAUUCAAAAGGUCCAAAAGAUUUCUCGACAGAGCAAUGGUUUAAAUGGGUGGUUUGAGAAACCAUUUCUCUACCAAUAAGUGUCCCCUGAUUCCGCGUUUCUCGGGAUUAAAGGAACUAACGAACAAUACCGGUUCGGCCAUUCUUGCUCUGCAUAUCAGGUCAAAUUUAGAGCCCGGAGUCAAGGAAUAUUCGAGUGAGAAACGUUGAAAUUUAACGAGAGGAAAUAAAUACAAAUCUGCAAGGCAUGAGAAACACCCAAUCCAUCCUUUCAGGGUUAACCUUGGAAGCAUAGCGUCCAUGGAUAAAUAACGCCUGGUGAGGAAAUGCAGCAACGGCUAUUAUCCAGAAAAAAUGUCCUCCUACAUAUCACGUCGGGAUUGCCUGGCAUACACUACUGAUGUGCUGGCUCGAUUCCCCCGUGGACUAGUCACACAAACAUUGCGAGAAACGAAUGCAUUUUCAGCUCAACAAUCAGACCUGCGCCGUGUUGUAGUUUCUCGGGGACAAGGUGAAGGCGAAGACAAUGCUCCUGUCUCAAUGCGUGGAUCCAGGCGUGUCAAAAGGUGGCUUCCAAAUAUAGUGCUAAAAUUUUGCUCAACCCGACCAGGGUGCAGAGCAAUUCUUGUGCAACUCAGGGGCUCGGAUCAUUUUGGUCCGGAUUUGAUGCAGAUUCUUUCUUUCAAAUAAGUUAGAAGAAAUAUAUUACCGCCCCAGCAUUAACAUUAUCAUCCAAACUGGAGGGUCCAGAGAAUGCAACGGGAGGCUAUAUUGACUCUGUCAAACACCGUAGUUCAUGCAGCCGCAAGCUGGUAAAUCCAUUUUUCCCUUCCUAAAUGCCAUAUAGCCAGUAGAAAAAAAAGCACCAUUCGCCCAUUUGCUCUCAGCUGGGCAGCAUGGAAACAAAGGAUUCAAGCAGAGGGUAAAC